AUGGCUCUCCAGCGCACCAACAACGGCGAGUCCAAGUCCAGCGGCACACAGAAACCGCAGACACAGCCCAAGUGCGCGCGCAGGAUCCUCAUCACCGCAGCCGAGGGUCAGACCGGCCGCCUCAUCAUCGAGCUCUUCACGACGGACGACACGUACGCAAGCAAGUACGACAAGCUCACCGCGCUCGUCUUUUCCGAGCAGGCCAAGGCCGUCCUCGAGGAGUUCGACGCGGUAAAGACAAUCGUGUACGACGCGAAGAACGAGGAUGCGCUCGUGCAGGCGAUGUCGCUCGUCAACACCUGCCUGCUCAUCCCGCCCGCGCGCAAGGACAAGGCCAAGAUCACGCGCACGCUCCUCUCAGCUGCCAAGGCCGCCAAACCCCUUACCGCCGGGCCCGAGCUCGCCGAAUCGGCGUCUCAGGCGCUCUGCACGAAGACAGAAUUCGAAAGCAUCGACGAGUAUGUCCUGCACAUGAGUCAUCCAGGGGUGUGCCACUCACGUCCUCCGCGUCUCGCUUCAGGGACACCGCGAAGAAAAUCCUCAUCUCCGAACAAGGCGAGGAAGUCGACGAAGCCGAGCGCGAGUACCUACCUGCUCGAGUACUACGCGCUCGUGCGCGCGGGCAAGACAAACUACGUCGCGACGACCGCUAUGCUCGCGUUCUUCGGGCAUCGCGGGCAAGAGCCGAUCGAGUUCUUCAAGACUUACUCUGCGGAGUUCAAGCCCAAGACGCGGCGCACAAUGAAGAACGGGGGCGCGGAGGACGCGACGAAGAACGUCCCGACGCGCGCGUCUGGACGCGGCAAGGGCGUGGCUGCGGCUGCGAAGAGCGCCGACGAGGAGAACGUCGAUAUGUAG